AUGCCAAGCAGUAGCCUAGGAAAAAACCUCAAUCUCUGCUUCACCAAGAUGAAAUUCCCAUUAACUUCCCAAUCUUCUUCUUCUUCUUCCCCAGAUGAUAACAGCCGUCUGCUGCCCUCCUCCACCGCCACCGCGUCAUCACUCCUCUUCAAAAGCUACAACUCCCUCUAUGACAGCUCCUUUGACUACUCAACCUCCAACUCCUUCUCUUCUGAUCCCCAGCCUGAGCCUGAAUCCCAAUCCGAACCCGACUUUGCCACCGUUUUUGCCUCACAGCGCUUCUUUUUUACUUCUCCAGGCAGCUCCAACUCCAUCAUUGAACCAACCCCGAAAUCAGUUGCGACUACUCCGGAUUCAUCAGAGACCCUAGUGGCCAGCAGUUCCAGUCCCACCAGUACCGCAAAUCAAUCCUCAAAAGACGGUUGUGCCUGUGAUCAACCGAGUCACGGACAUAGUAGCCCUUCAACGACUGUUAAAAACAGUGUAGCUGUCACAACUUUCUCUCCUAAUCCAUACAUGGAUUUCAGGAGAUCCAUGCAGGAGAUGGUGGAGGCGCGCGACUUAAUCGAGGUCAAGGCUAACUGGGAAUACUUGCGUGAGCUUCUUUUGUGUUAUCUUGCAUUGAAUCCCAAAGCUACUCACAAGUUUAUUAUAGGAGCAUUUGCUGAUCUUCUUGUUAGCCUAAUGGCUGCAGAGGGGGGCGGCAACGACGGAAACGUCACUGAGAUUACCGGCGGUAGGAUUCCAGGGUAG